UGUACGCUUCAGCAAACUAAAGGCUUCGACACCGCGGCCAUUAAGGAGGUAGCGCCGCUAAGCUCGAAAAGGAAAAUUUGAAAAAAAAAAACACUAGAGGCUUCGGCGUCGUGAAGCCCAAGGAGAGAGGGUUGCAACACCUACAUGUCAGCGAAGAAUCAAGGAAGUAAAUUUAAUAUUAAAUGCACAGGAUUUCCACCCCUCCAUUUUUAUAAGCUCAGAUUUCAGCCUGCCAGAAAAUUGGAUUCUUGGCUUGUUUGAGUAGAGAUGGUGAUAUCUCUACACUCCUUGCCUCCAUUGCUUUCCUUUCAAAACCCUAAUCCCAAUUCAACCUAUUUCUCCAAACCCUUCAAAGACACUCAUGUAACCUCAAUUGCUUUCUUCAAACCCCUCAGAACUCCCAAUCUCACAAUCCUCAAUAUCCACCAAACUUCAAAAUCCCACUUUUUAAGCCAUAGCAAUCCCACGUUUCCCUUCAAAAUCCCAAAUUGUUUGGGAUUCAAGAUAGAAAAUGCUACAACUUUAAGCCUCAGAAACCGAUUUCAAAGACUUAGCUGUUAUGGGGUUAAAGGCUCCGGUGAGGAGACCAAAGUAGUGUUGGACUCCGGUGACGGCGGAGAAGGUGGCGAUGGUGGCGGAGAUGGAGAUGAUGGGGAGGUAAAGAAGAAAUUGCCUGAAUGGUUAAAUAUUACUUCGGAUGAUGCAAAAACAGUUUUGGCUGCAGUGGCAAUAUCACUUGCUUUCCGGUCAUUCGUUGCUGAGCCGAGGUAUAUUCCUUCGUUGUCGAUGUAUCCUACGUUUGAUGCUGGGGAUCGAAUUGUUGCUGAGAAGGUUUCAUACUACUUUAGGAAGCCAUGUGCUAAUGAUAUUGUCAUUUUUAAAAGUCCACCAGUUCUUCAGGAAGUAGGAUACACUGAUGAAGAUGUCUUCGUUAAACGAAUAGUAGCUAAGGAAGGUGAUAUUGUGGAGGUUCAUAAUGGUAAGCUUAUUGUUAAUGGGGUUGUUCGAGAUGAAGACUUCAUUAAUGAAGCACCUUCUUAUGAAAUGACACCAGUUCGAGUACCGGAGAACUCAGUCUUUGUGAUGGGUGACAAUCGUAAUAAUAGCUAUGAUUCCCACGUUUGGGGUCCCCUCCCUGCCAAGAAUAUCAUAGGAAGAUCAGUAUUCCGUUAUUGGCCUCCAAAGAGGAUAGGUGGCACAGUACUUGAGCGUGGCUGUGCAGUUGCCAAGCAGGAGAGUGUGAAAGCUUCUGAAUAGAUAUUCAGCCUACUGAUUUUAUUUGACCAAAGUAAUCCUUUGGCCGUUCACACCAUUUCCCCCGAUAAUGUCUCUGUUUUCUUUGUAUACUCAUUGUGAGCUUUUAAUUCCUUUUAUUUAUCUCUCCCAAAAUUUCUGCAAUAGCAUUUUUUAGUAGAAAGGUUAUUCUUGAAAGACAGGUCCUUUUUUUGGCCUGAUAUAUGAUUUUCAUGCGACUAUAGAUUGACCCCUUGUAACGAUUAAUGCAAUUAAUAUUCUGUUCUCUAUCGUUUCAUA